AUGCGACUGCAGCUCCAUGAAUGUGAUGUAACAGCAUUCUUUUCACUCACCAUACAGCCUCCAGGAUCUAUCUCAGCCUCACCCUCCGAGGCUGAGUGCUCCAGUAAGCAACUCCUGCAGGACCCCGGCUUUGAGUCUCCUCCUAAUGAGACUAGGAGAAGCCUUGCAUCAUUUCCAAAAUUUGUGGAAGUUCCAGGUCCGUGUGAUCCAGACGACUUGAUGAGCGGGGUUGUCUUUGCUGCAAACUACCUGGGAUGCACGCAGCUGCUCUCAGAGAAGACACCGUCCAAGAAUAUGCGGAUGACGCAGGCCCAGGAAGCUGUCAGGCGUGUUAAGGUGAAAGCCCCUGAGAGUAGUUCUGAGGAAAUGUCCGAGGUAGAUCUCUUCAUCUCUACGCAGAGGAUCAAAGUGCUCAGUGCGGACACACAGGAGGUCAUGAUUGACCACCCCCUACAAUCCAUUACCUACAUCACUGACAUCGGGGACAUUGUGGUUUUAAUGGCGCGCCGUCGUGUGUCCAGACCAGACACCCAGGACAAUGUGGAGACCUCAGCCAGUGACCAAAGCAACAGUUUCCAAUACAAGAUGAUCUGCCAUGUGUUUGAAUCUGAGGACGCCCAGUUCAUAGCCCAGGCCAUUGGACAGGCCUUUAGUGUGGCCUACCAGGAAUUCUUGAGGGCUAAUGGCAUCAACCCAGAGGAUCUGAGUCAGAAGGAAUACAGUAAGCUGCUUAAGACCAAGGACAUGUACAACGAUGACCUCAUUCACUUCUCCAAGUCUGAGAACUGCAAAGAUGUAUGUAUAGAGAAAGCUAAGGGGGAGAUACUGGGCGUGGUCAUUGUAGAGAGUGGCUGGGGCUCCAUCCUGCCCACUGUCAUCAUUGCUAACCUGUUGCAUGCUGGGCCAGCAGAGAAGUCUGGUGCCAUCAACAUUGGAGACCAGCUUAUGUCUGUCAAUUCAACCAGUCUAGUGGGACUGCCCCUAGCCACCUGCCAGAGCAUCAUUAAGGGCUUAAAGAACGAGACCCGGGUGAAGAUGAGCAUCGUGAGCUGUCCCCCAGUGACCACCGUCCUCAUCAGACGACCAGACCUGCGCUACCAGCUGGGAUUUAGUGUCCAGAAUGGCAUUAUCUGCAGUCUGAUGCGGGGUGGCAUCGCUGAGCGAGGGGGUGUGAGGGUCGGCCACCGCAUCAUUGAUAUAAACGGCCAGAGUGUGGUCACCACCUCCCAGAAGAAAAUGAUACACAUUCUGUCCACCGCAGUGGGAGAGAUCCACAUGAAGACUAUGCCUGCAGCUGUGUAUCGCCUGCUGACUGCCCAGGAACAACCUUUCUAUAUUUGA